GUUACUUAUUUUUUUUUUUUAACUUUUUAUUUAUUUAUUUAUUUAUUUAUAAUAUAAUAAUAUAUUAAAAUCAAUCAUGGAUACUAUUUCAAUUGAUGAUAUUAGAAAUCAAUGGAUCGAGGAAGGUCAAGGACAUGUUUUUCAUUGGUUUGAUGGAUUAACAAAUGAAGAAAAAAAACAAUUUGAAAAUGAUAUAAGAUCAAUCGAUGUUAAAGAGGUUAACAGGGAUUAUAAAAGAGUAGUACAGGAUAAAGUUAAUCAAAAAGUUAUAUUAUCAUAUCAACAUUUUGAUAAUGUUAUGACAUUAGAUAAAAUUAAAGAGGAAGAUAAGAAAAGAUGGGAACAAAUUGGAUUUGAACUAAUUAGUCAAGGUAAAGUUGGUAUUUUAUUAUUAGCAGGUGGACAAGCAACUAGAUUAGGUACAGCAUUCCCAAAAGGAUUUUAUGAUGUUGGAUUACCAUCAAAGAAAUCACUCUUCCAAUUACAAGCAGAAAGAGUAUUAAAAUUACAAUCAUUAGUAAGCCAAAGAUGCCCAGAUUAUGAUGAUACAAAACCCAUUCAAUGGUAUAUUAUGACAAGUGACGCCACCCAUCACGAAACUAUUAAAUUCUUUGAUAGACACGACUAUUUUGGUUUAAAAAAAGAAUCAUUCUUUUUCUUUUGUCAACCAAUGAUUCCAUGUAUCACUCCAGAAGGUAAAAUUAUUAAUGAAAGUCGUUCAAAGAUUUCACUCUCUCCAAAUGGUAAUGGUGGUUUAUUUAAAACUCUUCAAACCUCAGGUGCUUUAGAUGAUAUGCGUAAGAAGGGCAUCGAAUACAUCUCUCAAUAUUGUGUUGAUAAUAUUUUAAUUAAAAUGGCCGAUCCUGUAUUUAUUGGUUGUAUGCAUGAACAAAAAGCUGAUUGUGCUGCUAAAGUAGUUUCAAAGAAAGAUCCAGAGGAACCAGUUGGAGUUAUGGCAGUCAGAGAAGGUAAACCAUUUGUAUUGGAAUAUAGCGAAAUUGAUAAAGAGUCAAAAUAUUUAAGAGAUUCAAAUAAUAAAUUGGUAUUUAAUUAUGCACAUAUUUGCAUUAAUGCAUUUUCAUUCGAAUUUCUUGAUAGAAUCGCAAAACAACAUUUAGAUGAUUUGAAAUAUCAUGUUGCUUUUAAAAAGAUUCCAACUGCUGAUGAAAAUGGUUCACGUUCAACACCACCACAACCAAAUGGUUGGAAACUUGAAAAAUUCAUCUUUGACGUUUUCCCAUUCUCUCAUAAAAUGGUUUGCUUAGAAAUCGAUCGUUCUGAAGAAUUUUCCCCAUUAAAAAACUGUGCUGGUAUGCCAAUUCCUGCAGAUUCACCAGAAACUUGUCUUCGUGAUAUUUGCCAUUUACAUCGUACCUAUAUAGAAGCUGCUGGUGGUAAAGUUGAUUUAGAUGAAUCUCAAAUUUGUGAAGUAUCCCCAUUAACUUCUUAUGCUGGUGAAGGUUUAGAAAAUAUUGUAAAAGGUAGAAUUAUUAAGUUACCAUAUGAAAUUAAUCAAAAAACUCCUCAUAUUUCUCAAUGUUAAAAUUAAAUUUAAUAACAAUUUAAAAUCAAAAUCAAAAUCAAAAUCAAAAUCAAAAUCAAAAUCAAAAUCAAAUCAUAUAUUUUUCCUCACGUAUAAUUAUUACCUCCAUUGGGUAGCAUUUCUCUGUUAUAGAUUUAAAAUAAUCAAUAUUUAGUUAAUAUUGGAAGGAUUUAAAAUUUUAAUAAUAACAAUAAAAUUUUUUAAUGUAAAUUAACAAAUCAUAAAUCAAU